UUGAAAGAAUAAUUAGAACAGUAGAACUUCAUCAAAAAGUAAAAAAGCUUUUUAAAUGUUUUACGACAAGUUUUACGAUGUCUUUUCUUACUAUAUUUAUAGUCGGCACGUGUAGCUUUGCAAUGUGUUUAUAUAGAUUGAUGAACGCAAUAAAACGCAUGCAUGAUUUGGAUGAACUUUUGAUAUCAAUAGCUUAUAUUAUAGCAUAUAAGUUUUGUUUAUUCAGCAUGUCUUUAAUCGGGCAAUUAGUGAUAAACCAUUCUGAAGAGUUAUUUAACGCUAUAUACAUGUCACUAUGGAAUGAAGCAUGUGUAACAAUACAGAAAUCAUUAUUAUUUAUAAUGCAAAUCUACUCAAAAAGCGAAAUAAUAAAUUUUGGCGGUAUAAUUGCUGUAACAAUGGAAACCUUCACCUCGGUCACAAAUAUGGCAGUAUCCUUCAUGACGGUAAUUUUUUCAAUACAGUAGUAUCAUAAUCUAGUGCAGAAAAAAUAACUGUUUGUAGCAAUAAACAUAUGAUAAAAUUAUAUAUAAAAUAGAAAGCAAGAUAUAGUUUGAUUAAAUAAAAUAAUAUUCUCCGUUAUUUAUUUAACAAUAAAUAAUAAAUGAAAGUUCUUAAUACUAGUA